AUGAGCGCAUCUUGUGGUCUUUUCGGCAGAAAAAGUACAAUACACCGUAAAUUAGUGGUAUUAGGUGAUGGUGCGUGCGGAAAGACCUCUUUAUUGAACGUCUUUACGAAAGGAUACUUUCCACAGGUAUAUGAACCAACGGUGUUUGAGAACCAUGUACAUGACAUAUGGGUCGACAAUCAACAAAUCGAAUUGUUGUUAUGGGAUACUGCCGGUCAAGAAGAAUUUGAUAGACUUCGUGCACUAUCCUACGCAGAUACACACGUGAUCUUGCUAUGUUAUUCGGUAGACAAUCGUAGUUCACUGGAGAAUGUAUUGACGAAAUGGAUGGUAGAAAUACUGGAGCAUUGUCCUGGUGUUAAGGUUGUUUUGGUUGCAUUAAAAUGUGAUCUGAGAGAUGAUGAUAACACUAAACGACACUUGUCAAGAUUUGGACAGCAACCUAUUUCAUUUGAAGAGGGUUUAGCUGUUGCGCGAGAUAUUAAAGCGACACGAUACUUGGAAUGUUCAGCAAAACAUAAUCGAGGCGUAAAAGAAGCAUUUGAACAAGCAGCACGCGUAAGCAUAUCUGCUAGACCGAAAGGCAAUAAUAAAGCUAAAUGCCUUAUAAUGUAA